CAGGGUGCAUCUGGGUGGACACGCCCACCUGUGGUGCGACUCAUCCCACCCACACCUGGCGGCGUGGCAGGGCCUUUAAUGAACACAGGUGGAUCCAUCAGACUGGGGUCCAGUGAGGUGAUGAGGAGCUCUGUGUGCCCCAGGGGCCGACAGGGGGACGGGAUGAGCAGCCCCCGAGAGGGACCGCCCUGGAGGGCCCCCCACGCCGCGACCGCGGCCCCCCGUUGGCGCUGCGUCAGCGACGGGGCCUCCAACACUAAGACCGUCAUCCGUCUGAGGGACAUCUACGACCCCCAGCCCCCCCCCCGCCAAGGCCCCGGUCCGGAUACGGCCCCCGGGCCCCCCGCCCCCCCGGGGCCCCGGCACCCCCCCCCCCCCGCGGGCCCCCCCUGCUCCUCCCCCGUCUCCCCCCCACCCAAACCCGCAAUGAGGAGGCGCUCCCGCUCCCUGUCGGCCCCUGCGGCGCGGGGGAGGGGCCGGGCCCCCCGGGGCCCCCACGUGCGCUUCAUGGACUCCAUGGGCCUGGAGCUGGAGGAGGUCCGGCUCUUCAGGUCCAGCGAGAACCCGCUCAUCCCCCCCCACGUCACCUGCCGGCUGCUGAUGGGCAGCGAGCUGGCCUCGGGGCGGGCCCCCGAGCUGGCCCUGCCCUACUUCAAGCCCUGCUUCUGCGACAACAUGGCCGCCGGGCCGGGGUUCGGGGCCCGGCUGCACGGCAGGGGGGUCAGCCUGGGGACCGUCGUCUGCUCCGACGCGGGCAUCACCGGCUCCGUGCACGUCCUGAACCUGGCCUUCGAGAAGGAGGUCACGCUGGCCUACUCCUUCACCAACUGGAGGAGCCACACGAACACAGGUGCAUUGUGGGUAUCCAGCGAGGUCCUCAAGGAUGGGCCUGAGGAGUCAGAGACAGAUGUGUUCCACUUCUGGCUUCCUGUCCCGCCCUUCAUUCUGCAACCCGGCGCCGUUUUGGAGUUUGCCGUUUGCUAUAAGGUGAACGGACGCUCUUACUGGGACAACAACGACGGGAUGAAUUAUAGACUGUCGUGCCACAGCUACAAGCUCACCGUUCCCAAAGAAUGCGAGGACAGCCUGCUGCACUUCAUCUGAUCGGCCACACGGUGGCACUGCUGGGUUACGUAUUCGACCUCAGAGAUGGUCGAAUUAGUGGGUGAAAGUGUUAUCCCUAACCCAAAAAAAUUAAUAAGAAAAAAGGAUCUGAAUAUUACACUAAUGUUUUGCAUACUGCACUGGGCAACAUAUCGUCAUUGUCUGUUUUACAUAACGGCCUGUUAAUAGGUU